AUGUCGUCUAUGUUCAAAGGCAUUCUCAAGUAUCCGUGGACGGUACGGUCUCUAUUUUGUAUCAUUAGAUAAUACUCAGUUGAGUACGUUACUUUCGUACAACUGUCACACGUUCUGUGAGGUCAUAAAACUUUAAUUAACGUUUUCAAAGCGACAAAACUUAAAUUAACGGAUUUUCUCGGAAUUUCUUUGAAUUCCAAUUUUGACUUUUAAAAGCGGGCUAAAAAUGUAAGGAUUUGGGGUAGAUUAACUUGUUGGACUCGGUUCCAAACUAAAACAAUGUCAUUCAGGUCCAAAUUGGAAGUCGGGUUUACGAUGCUCAAGAAAUCCAGAAGCUGGUUCCACAGCUAGAAGAGACGAUCGAAAAGAAGAACCGGCUCCUGCAACAAGCCCAGAACCAGAUCGAAGUACAACAGUCCAAGAUUGUGAAACUCGAGAGUGACGUCAAGACCCUUCAGGUGGGCUUUUGCAGAACUUGUAGUCUUGUUUACGUCUUACGCUACUGAAUAUCACACUUGUUGUCGUUUUUUGUUUUUCCAAAAAAGUUCUGGGAACCGAGACACAACUCAAUAUUAUACUUGCAGACAGAAUGUGAUAAGCUCCGUUCCGUGCUUAGUCAGAAGGCUGAAUCAGUCGCCUCUCCACCAACGCCCCAGCCCAAGACAAGUCAAACUGACGACCCUCAUGCUGAGAUUAACCAGGCAUUGUCUUUUUCUUUUUGUUUAUAGAAUUUUGAGUAAUAUUUGAAAAUAACAAUAAUCAAAUGAAAUAACUGUAAAUUACUUUGUUGAUUAUGACUCAUUUCAGGAAGCCCUACAAAAGAAGGUCCUACCAGCCGAUGUCAAAACGAAUGAGCCUCGAGCCAAGAAGUUGGCCGUUUCGGCCGAGCCAGCCAAGCUCGACCAGCACAAGGCCGCCACACUUCAACACCAUCCUAAGAGUGCCGGUUCGAAGCAGCUGAUCCGAGAUGCCGUCCAGAAAAACGACUUCUUGCGGCAACUCGCCAAAGAACAGGUCAUCGAACUGGUGGAGUGCAUGUUCGAGAUGCGAGCACGAGCUGGUCAGUGGAUCAUUCAAGAAGGAGAGCCUGGAGAUCGUUUGUUUGUUGUUGCCGAAGGUCAGCUGCAGGUCUCCAGAGAAGGUCAGGCGUUGGGCGUCAUGAACCCAGGAGUGGUCAUGGGCGAGUUGGCCAUCUUAUACAACUGCACUAGGUAUGAAUAAUUUGGUUUUUUGUAAUUAACCAUAAGAUAAUUAUGUUUUAAAAUUUAAAAACUGGCCUUAAAACAUUUUUAUCAUCAUAAAACCGGUCUCACCCUUACGAUACUAUAUGUUAUACAGCUACGUACAUACACGUAAAGGUUGUCACGAACACUGUUAAACUGUGUAUCUUUAGAACGGCGUCAAUCCAAGCCUUGACCGACGUUGUACUAUGGGUGCUAGAUCGAUCUGCCUUCCAAAUGAUCACCAUGAGGUUGGGAAUGGAACGUCAUUCUCAGCUCAUGAACUUCCUCCACAAAGUGUCCAUCUUUGAGAAUCUGCCAGAAGAUCGUAUCUCCAAAAUGGCCGAUGUUAUGGACCAAGAUUACUAUGCCGGAGGUCAUUACAUCAUCCGAGAAGGCGAAAAGGGUGAUACCUUCUUUGUUAUCAACUCUGGUCAAGUCCAAGUUACCCAGACCAUCGAAGGAGAGCCAGAACCUCGAGAAAUCAGGAUCCUGAAGCAAGGUGACUUCUUCGGAGAGCGAGCCUUAUUAGGAGAUGAAGUUCGUACUGCCAACGUUAUUGCCAUGAACCCAGGCGUAGAAGUGUUGACUCUCGACCGAGAAUCGUUCUUGAAGCUCAUUGGUGAUCUUGAAGUAAGUACAAUAGUAAUUAUGAAACAUCUGUAAUUACACGACAUUAAUUUACAAAUUAACCAUCGCUAUUUUUAAUAUAUUUUUGCAAUAUUAAACACAGCCUUGGAAACAUUUAAGUUUACAACGUUACACAUUUGAAAUGUAAAUGCAAACUAAUUACAGGCUUUGAAACGCGACUACGGAGAUUUGCAACGAAGAGCGACCUUAUCCUCACGUACACAUCAGGAACACCCUUCACCCACAAAGGAUGUUCGAGAGCUCAGCGAGUUUGCGAGCUUGCAGCUACGCCAGCUAAAGCGCAUUGCCACGUUGGGCGUGGGAGGUUUCGGCCGAGUAGAAUUGGUAUGCAUUGGCGGAGACAAGUCGCGCACUUUCGCUUUGAAAGCCCUGAAAAAGAAGCACAUCGUGGAUACGCGACAACAAGAACACAUCUUUGCCGAAAGAAAUAUCAUGAUGGAAACCCGCAACGACUGGAUCGUACGCUUAUACACAACAUUCCGAGAUUCCAAAUACGUGUACAUGCUGCUAGAGGCUUGUCUGGGUGGUGAACUCUGGACUACGCUCAGAGAUCGAGGGCACUUCGACGACUACACGGCCCGCUUUUACGUGGCGUGUGUGCUGGAAGGUCUGGAGUAUCUUCACCACAAAAACAUUGUUUACCGUGACUUAAAACCUGAAAACUGCCUACUUACAACUUCUGGCUACUUGAAAUUGGUCGAUUUCGGCUUCGCCAAACGACUGGCUAGCGGCCGAAAGACGUGGACUUUCUGUGGAACUCCUGAAUACGUUUCUCCUGAGAUUAUCUUGAACAAAGGUCAUGAUCAAGCUGCCGAUUACUGGGCUCUGGGUAUUUACAUUUGCGAAUUGAUGUUGGGACGUCCUCCAUUCCAGGUAAAACAAAAAACUGUUGAAAAUAUAAUAAAUUGGACAUUUCGUUUCUAAAUCCGAUAGAUUUGUGACACUUCGUCAAAGUUAUUUUAAAUUUUGUGAAAAAUUUAAUUGUUUUAGGAGUUAUAAAUUAUUUUACUUUCAGGCAUCUGAUCCAAUGAAGACGUACACGUUGAUUCUGAAAGGAAUUGAUGCUCUUGAGAUUCCAAACAGAAGAAUCGGCAAGACGGCUACAGCGUUGGUCAAGAAACUUUGCCGCGACAAUCCGGGAGAACGGCUUGGGUCGGGAUCGGGUGGUGUGAAUGAUAUUAGGAAGCACAGGUGGUUCAUGGGCUUUGACUGGGAAGGUUUGAGGACUAGGACCUUGAAGCCGCCGAUCAUUCCGAAGGUCACGAACCCAGCCGACGUGUCUAACUUCGACAACUACCCACCCGACCAAGAUGUACCUCCAGACGAGUUUUCAGGAUGGGAUGAAGGAUUCUAA